CGAUGAAAAUACAGCCGUGCCGCAAAGCGCCGUCCGUGUUUUGGAACCUUUUGGAUUAGGAGAGUUCCAUACUUAGUGAGUCAUUAAUGGGUUCGUCAUUAUCGGGCUGUUAACUACUACCCACGCGUUAACGGAGCGUUUUGGAACAGAAAUUGGCCAAAAUCGCCAGCCGCAGUAACACCAAUCUCGUGUUGAAUUUGUGCGAACCGACCACCUGGAGGACGUACGGGCCCGUGCACAGCUGGAGCACACGCCACAUCCAUUCGCGCACACGCGGUUACUUGGUGCGCCUGCUAAAAGGGGGUUCACCGCCACGGAGGGGAAUGGUGUGUGUGCACGUGCCUCGUGUGUCUGUGUAGUGUGUGCGUGUGUGUUGUGUCUGUGUGUCUAGAUUGUGUUGUGUUUCGCCCGUGAAGCUCUUCCGCCGAUUGAUUUUCCGACUGGAUGGUGGGCGGCCAGCGGCCAUUCCGGUUCCGCUUCGAACAACGACGUACGCGGGGAGCCAAACAUAGAUAGUAUAUAUUUAUUAUAUAAAAUAUACCAUCUAAAAAAAAAAAAAGAGGAAAGGAAAAGUGGCGGUGCAGAAAAUAUCUCAUACCAGCCCACAAGUGACCACUAGGCGGCGGCAGAUUGCCUGUGUGUUUGUGUGCCGGUGUGUGCCGUGUUCAAGCGUGUUGUGUGGAAGCGGAAUUGUUAAGUGUGCUGGCUGGUGUUGAAACCCAGCGAAGCGGCUGUGCACUGCGGGAAUUUAUUUCGUAAACGUCGAAAGAAAAAUCGAGAUCUACCCGCAUCAUCGUCGCUUUAACUACUGUUAUUUCUAAUGAAUUCUAAUGUGAGAUAACACAACGCGCUUCAUCGAGACGGGACAGUCGGAACAUUGAUCGGGCAUCGGAACCGAACCGAUCCAUCUGGUGGAAGCUGAGUAAUCAAAGUGGCAAUAGAUCGUGCCAUGUCGCAUCCAUUGCACCCGUAAUUACACACUGCUGGCAGCGGGACAUUUGGGUUGUGUAGCGCACCCACACAUAAUACGCUCCCCCGAUUGGUGGUGGGUUUUGGUAGACGAUGAUGCAGAUGCUGCACGAUAUGAUGACGUUACUGACGACAAUGCUAUCAUGCCGUAGCUUCUGGUGACAGCAGCUCCUUCGCACGUCCAGACAUCCACACGACGGGUCCUCCACAGGCGGCUGGUGGUGUCCAUCAUCGGCGACCGCGCGUGUUCCAGUCGUGUGCUGCUUUCGGUAACCGGAACCAUAAUCGCGUAUAUGUGUGUGUGUGUAUGUGUACGUGAAAUAUUUUGCUCGAACAAAUAGCAAGUUUUGGUGCGUGGCGGUGCGUUUUGUGUUGUUGAUUUCAUUUGAGUUUUGGGCCCAGUUUGGAGGAAAGCAUUGAAAGGAAUAAGCGAUUCCGUUCAGCACCGAGAGACCGAGAGACAGAGAAAGAGAGAUCAAGUGCACUAAGCGCAUUCGUGAUACCAAAGGCCUAGCCUGACCGAUUAUUCAGGUGUAAGGCGAGUGAAUCGAUCAAAAACACAUACAAAUUGCAAACAGUGUGGUGUAAGGGUUUUGUUGUGCCGAGCGGAACCGAAUAGAACGGUUGAAACGACCACAUCAAAAUGGCGACUAUCGACGGACGACCGGCCCAGUACCAGAUCACGCAGAAGAAUCUGCGUGAGAUCAUGGAACAUCGGGGCCGUGAAGCGGUAUCAAAGGUGAACGAGUACGGCGGUGUGACCGAGAUCUGUCGGAAGCUAUACACCUCACAGAACGAGGGUCUAAGCGGCUCGAAAGCCGACAUUGACCAUCGACGGGAAACGUUCGGCUCGAAUGUGAUCCCGCCGAAACCGCCCAAGUCUUUCCUGACGCUCGUCUGGGAAGCACUGCAGGACGUGACGCUGAUCAUCUUGGAAAUUGCGGCCAUCAUUUCGUUGCUAUUAUCAUUUUACCAGCCGGCAGACGACGACGAACCGGUCGUGCAGGAAGAGGAGGAGCACUACUCAUGGAUCGAAGGUUUAGCCAUCCUGGUGUCGGUGUUUGUGGUGGUCGUCGUGACCGCGUUCAAUGACUACUCCAAGGAGAAACAGUUUCGUGGAUUGCAGUCACGUAUCGAGGGCGAGCAUAAGUUCUCGGUCAUCCGUGGCGGCGAUGCGGUGCAGGUGAACAUUGGAGAUAUUGUGGUGGGCGACAUCUGUCAGAUCAAGUACGGUGAUCUGCUCCCGGCGGACGGCAUUCUGAUUCAGAGUAACGAUCUGAAGAUCGAUGAAUCGUCGCUGACGGGUGAGUCGGAUCACGUCAAGAAGAACGAGUCGACGGAUCCGAUUGUACUGUCCGGUACGCAUGUGAUGGAAGGUAGCGGCAAGAUGGUGGUAACGGCGGUUGGUGUUAACUCGCAGGCCGGCAUCAUUUUCACGCUGCUCGGUGCGGCCGUCGACGAGCACGAGGCAGCCGCCAAGCAGAAGAAAAAGGAUGCGAAAAAGGCUAAGAAGGCAGCGGGCGCGAAGGACGAAAUCACCAACAAUAGCCAUGGACACCCGCAGGGUAUCCGAAGCCAAACGACGGUCGACUCCAUCACUUCAGACGACGGCGGCGAAGAGGGUGGCAAGAGUGGAGAAGGAGGCGGCGGACAUGGUGGUAAGGAGAAAUCGGUGCUGCAGGCGAAGCUGACCAAGCUGGCAAUUCAGAUCGGGUACGCCGGUUCAACGAUCGCCGUGCUGACGGUUAUCAUCCUUAUUAUACAGUUCUGCAUCCAAACGUUUGUAAUCGAACAGAAGCCAUGGCGCAACUCGUAUGCCAACAAUCUCGUGAAGCACUUCAUCAUCGGUGUGACGGUGCUGGUCGUAGCGGUGCCGGAAGGUUUGCCUCUAGCGGUCACCCUAUCGCUUGCCUAUUCGGUGAAGAAGAUGAUGAAGGAUAACAACUUGGUGCGGCAUUUGGAUGCCUGCGAAACCAUGGGUAACGCGACGGCGAUCUGUUCGGACAAGACCGGAACAUUGACUACGAACCGGAUGACGGUGGUUCAGUCGUACAUCUGCGAGAAGCUAUGCCUGGUGACGCCCCGUUUCUCGGACAUACCACGUGUCGUUGGCGAAGCGAUCGUAGAGGGUAUCGCGCUAAACUCGGCCUACACGUCUUGCCUGAUGGCCGGCCAGAACCCGGGCGAUCCGUUGCAGCAGGUCGGCAACAAGACCGAGUGCGCUCUGCUGGGCUUUGUGAACGGGCUCGGUCGGAACUAUCAGACGAUCCGAGAUGCCAACGCGGAAGAUACGUUCACGCGAGUAUACACGUUCAAUUCGGUGCGCAAGUCGAUGAGCACGGUGGUGCCGAAAUCGAACGGUGGUGGCUAUCGCGUAUUCAGCAAGGGCGCCUCGGAGAUCAUACUGAAGAAAUGUGCCUUCAUCUACGGGCAGGACGGUGUGCUGGAGAAGUUCACCCGGGACAUGCAGGAGCGGCUGCUGCAUCAGGUAAUCGAACCGAUGGCAUGCGACGGGUUGCGCACGAUUUGUAUCGCGUUCCGUGACUUUGUGCCCGGCAAGGCCAACAUUAACGAGGUGCACUACGACGGUGAGCCGAACUGGGAUGAUGAGGAAAACAUAAUUAGCAAUCUGACGUGCCUGUGCGUGGUCGGUAUCGAAGAUCCGGUACGGCCGGAGGUACCGGAAGCUAUACGGAAAUGCCAGCGGGCCGGUAUUACGGUGCGCAUGGUCACGGGUGACAACAUCAAUACGGCACGCUCGAUCGCAACCAAGUGUGGCAUUUUGCGGCCACAGGACGACUUCCUGAUCCUGGAGGGUAAGGAGUUUAAUCGUCGCAUCCGCGACAGCAACGGUGACAUCCAGCAGCAUCUGCUGGAUAAGGUGUGGCCGAAGCUGCGCGUGUUGGCUCGUUCGUCGCCCACGGACAAGUACAACCUGGUGAAGGGUAUCAUCGACAGUAAGGUGUCGGUUAGCCGUGAGGUAGUGGCAGUUACCGGUGACGGUACGAAUGAUGGGCCGGCGCUCAAGAAGGCGGACGUCGGGUUCGCGAUGGGUAUUGCCGGCACGGAUGUCGCUAAGGAAGCGUCAGACAUUAUUCUGACCGAUGACAACUUUAGCAGCAUCGUGAAGGCAGUCAUGUGGGGCCGUAAUGUGUACGAUUCGAUCGCGAAGUUCCUGCAGUUCCAGCUGACCGUAAACGUGGUGGCGGUCAUCGUGGCGUUCAUCGGUGCGUGCGCCGUACAGGACUCGCCGCUGAAAGCUGUCCAGAUGCUGUGGAUGAAUCUGAUCAUGGACACUCUUGCGUCGCUAGCACUUGCCACGGAAAUGCCGACGCCGGACCUGCUGCUGCGAAAGCCGUACGGCCGUACCAAGCCGCUUAUCUCGCGCACCAUGAUGAAGAAUAUCCUCGGCCAGGCGGUAUACCAGCUGGUGAUCGUGUUCGGGCUCCUGUUCGUCGGCGACUGGUUCCUGGAUAUCGAGUCCGGGCGCGGCCAGCCGCUCAACUCCGAGGCAACGCAACACUUCACCAUCAUCUUCAACGUGUUCGUCUUCAUGACGCUGUUCAACGAGCUGAACGCGCGCAAGAUUCACGGCCAGCGGAACAUCUUCCAGGGCCUGUUUACCAAUCCGAUCUUCUACUCCAUCUGGCUCAUAACGCUCGUGUCGCAGGUGUUCAUCAUACAGUUUGGUAAGGUGGCGUUCUCCACCAAAGCGCUGAACAUCGAGCAGUGGCUAUGGAGCGUGUUCUUCGGACUCGGCACACUGAUCUGGGGUCAGAUUGUGACGAGCAUUCCGACGCGCAAGAUGCCGAAAAAGAUGGCCUGGGGCCGUGGCCACCCGGAGUCCGAGUACACCGAGGCGAUCCGGCUCGGCGAGGAGCGAUACGAAACGAUGGACAAUGACAAGAAACCCCGUGCAGGUCAGAUAUUAUGGAUCCGCGGCCUUACCCGGCUGCAGACCCAGCUUCGUGUUGUACGUGCAUUUCGAUCCACAUUAGAAGAUUUAGAGGAACGCCGUUCCAUUCAUAGCUUACAUAGUCUUAGAAGUUCACGCAGUCAUCCCGGAGGCAUGAGCACGAGUGGUACAAUGACUAGUCAAGGUCUCUCAAAUCUCUUAUAUCCACCAGGUUCCAACAUCCAAACCGGCCGGCUAAUAGGUACUAAUGUUGGCGAUCUUAAGUAUAUUGAUGAAGAUCAAAGACUUCAUAAUAAUCAGCAUAUUAUAGAGAAAUUCGCGGUAUGGACAAAAUCGACAACAGUCUAAAAUCAGAAUCCUUCCUUUGCUCUUGAAUGUAUGAGAUCGAAAUAUCGAGAUAUAUACAGAGAAAAGUAACAAAAAAGAAGAACAACACACACACACAGUGCAAGCGGGUCAGACACGUUUCGCAGAGAUAGGGAGGGAAAGACGGAGGGAAGCUAAGGGCAAAAGUAGAGGAAAUGUCGUACUGUGUGCGUGCCGCAGUAGUGUGGACAGAAUGGUGAUGCGAACCGCGCCGAUUAUAUGCUGUGGAUUCUGGGGCUAAGGGGUUAUGGUAAAACCGUACCUAGAGCGAAAGCAAAAGCUCCGCAAAAGCUUCAGCUGUAUAGAUAUGUGCGUGCAAACUGUAGGUGCUAUACGAGCUGCCAGUGUAUUUAAAGAACCAAACCAAUAGUAAACAGUACAGGCGGCAACGGCGGCAGCAGCAGCAGCAGCAACAACUACAACACAACAGUAUAAUAGUAUUCGUAGUACACCGUCAAGACGAUCGGAGUACGGGCGAGUAUUAGUGAACGCAAGCAGACGCAUCCUUCCGUUCACUUCACAUGCGCCCCCAAACCGGCGACGUUACACCGAAGCAUUAAGCGUUUUUAGUAUGCGUUACCGAAGCCGGUGAUCGUGGAUCGUUGAAAUGGUACCAUCCCUUGUGUUUAAUCGAGCUUUCGCGUGACUCGUGGGUUCAUCCAUACGAUAGUCAAAAGAGGACGAUGUCUCCAGUCCAGUUAACAGCCAUCAGUUCGGAACGGAUCUUUGUGGAGUUGUGGAACGUGUAACCGAAACAAUGCUGGGAACGAGCGUGGGAACGAGACACAAAUCCUCCAAUCAACCACAUUGACAUUGCAAUGUUUGGACGCGACAAAAUGGUUGGCACCCGCUGGAACUUAGAGUUCUUUUGAUAGCGAAAAUAUUGAGCAAUAGCAAGAGAAUAACAAAGAGUAACGGAAGCAACAAACCAAAAAACGUCGAAAAAUGCUACUUGUAGGAGUUACGUUGGAGGAGCGAAUAAUAGUUAUCAGAACCAAAGAAAAGGGAAAAAAAUAAUGCAAGAUCAUUUAAUUUAUAACUCACAAAACAUAAACAAAGCAAAAUGAAGAAGAAAACAACACAUGCAAACAAAUAGUCGUUUAAAGAGAGUAUUAUUGUACGGUUUGGUGUUUUUUUUCGAAGACGCGUAAGCUGCAAGGAAGAGUUUAAUAUAAAAAGUACUUACACGUAUUACUAACGCGUCACGAUACGGGGACGUUACAUACGAAAAAAACACUACCUAGAGACUACUGCAUAACGCGUAACGUAAUGUUGUGUGUAUGAAACACAAACACACAUCUACACACGCCCAGCGAACUCUUUCACUCACACACACACACGUACACACGGACACAUACAAUCAUACACAGAGGAAUCAAAAAUCGAUUGUUAGUUAAGCAGAAUUACAACUCAUACCGUAUUUAGGAUUACUACACUAGUGCACUACUUUAAAACCCCAACAAGCAAAGGCCAGGCUCUCUAGCUAGUAGCGUGUAGUGUAUGUUUAAAAAAAAACAACUAAUGGGAAACAAAAGAAGCAAUCAAAGUUGAAUCGUUUUUUCUUUUUCCGGCUUUAAAACCGGUGCGAAUUGAAUGUGAGUCACGAGAAGGACAGAAAGGACGAGGCUGGGGGACACAAAUGUAAAGCAGAAAAAUGGUGCAAUUAUACCAUUGAUGAUUGUUGAGGUGCGGCGCGUGUGUUAGCCAGAGUGUCAUGGCCGCGGCCAUUCGUAACAUACGGGUUUGAGAAGCUACACCGUUUUUUCUGUCGGUUCGCGGAUUAGUUUCAUUCGGUGCGUUGCGGUGCAAGCGUUACAGACACGGCGAGCCGCCGGCAGAGGUAUUGAAGCGAACCAAACGACCACACUCUAGCCAAGCAGAGGUGGCCACCAUCUUAGGCUGUCGGUGUAAAGCACCACACACACAGAGUCGGUACAACCAAGAGCAACGGUAGGAUCAGCUGAACGUUGAAUUGGGAAGUUGGCAGUAAAGAGCGGGAGAGAGAGAGAGAGAGAGUACCCCAAUGGAAUCGGAAAAUUGAAAUUUGAAUUUUUCGCAAAUUGAAAAAUCAGUACCUCUGACCCGCCCAAAAACAAAUCGCAAACAAAAAUCAAAACAACAAACCUCUCCCCCCUCCAUACCAGCGGUUAAGCGGUUAUGGGCAUGAUG